AUGGAGAAACUAGAUGAGCUGGAGCACCCUCUUCUGGGAGAAAACCCCAACGACAGCCGGGCAGCAGGGCCCGGGCUCGGGGCUGGGGCUGGACAGGCCCCCCCGGGUGAGGUCUUCAAAGGCUUCUUGGUGAAGUGUGAAGAGGACAGAGCGUACCCCCCUUUGGCGUGGAGGAGCUAUUGUGGACAUCCCCCCGAGCUUCAGCAGCAGCUACUGGAUCCCUGCUCCUUACCUCGCACACUGGAGUCCUAUUACCCGUCAGCCCCAAUCUGGGGCCACACAGACUCCCUGCUCAGUAAGGACUACCUCGAGACCACCUUUGUUGACAUCCGGCCCGGUUCCACGCUGGAGAGGAAGCUCCUGGCUGAGACGCAGGACUACAACAGUCUGACGUACAGCAUGGAUGAUGAGGACGACCUGCUUCCAGACUCUGACGUGAGAACGAAAUCCACAUUUAUAUUCCACGAUAUCUAAUCUAGUAAUCAUCAUAGAAAUGAUCACUGUAGAUGUUAAAAUCGGGGCUCCAUUUGUGAACUCUUAAAAGGUGUUUUAGCAGAAUAGAAAUGAAUCGAAUAGUCAGACAUGUAUUUAGGUUUAAUGUUCACUUUGAACGAGUCUCUCACUUCCUACUGCACCGCCAUACUUCUACAACAUCACAAAGCAAACAAACUAACUAACCACAGACGUGUUUUUGAAGAAGAAGAAGCGAGGCGGUUGUUUUGUGUACAAAGAAUCUGAACUAAUAGAUGCUUAUUAACGGUAAAAACACAGAAGAUUCAGGAUCAUAUUCAACACUCAUCAUCACAGGAGUUCAUCAGUGAGAGGAAUCAGCAGGUGAACAGUUUAAUCUAAAAUCUGACCGCUGGAUAUUUCCUCAUAUUCCCAUUUUUACCUGACACACAUUCAGUCGGUUGUAAACUCUUUUUUUCCUCUCUUAUUUAUUCUCAUCUCGUCUGUGUAAAAAAGUCAGGCUUAAGUUUGUCGUGUCAUCCCAGAGUCUUAGGAACAUGUUUAAAUAAAACUGAAAUAACAGAGGCAGGAAGAAAUGCUUUAUAAAUAACUGAAACAAUAUGUACUCAAACAAAACAAAAAGAUAUCUGACGAUCUUUUCUUAUUAAACUCCAGAGAGACCCUCGCAUUCACAGCACACCUUAAAAUAGACAUAAGAGCGCUAUAUUUCAGGCUUACUGUCAAAAAGCCAGAUUACAUAAAGCUGCUCUGCCUCUGUGCUGCAGGUAAUGAUACUACGGUAGUGAUGGAGGAUGCCAGCUUUAUUUCACCGAUGACUGAUCAGCCCACUCUGGAGUAAAAUGCAAAUGAGCCUUAAGACUCUAACAGUGGUCAUGUGAUGUUCAGGGAGUCAGUGUUUGUAUGUAUAAGAAGACGUCGCUGGUGUUGUUAAAAUGAUCAGAAGUCCUUCAGCACAGUCCAGUUCAGUCCCCAGGUUUGGACUAAAGGACUGGGGAAAGUUCAACCUCAAAGUUUUCAGCACAAAAUGACUGUUUUUGAAGCUCAGUCUGAACGCAGUGGUGCAGAGAGGUGAAGGCGCAGCAGGCCUGUGGGAAUCAAACCUUAAAGUGACCUCAAAGAGGCACGACUCUACAUCUCUUUGUUCCACUUCAAAUGUUUAGUUUUAGGCAGUGCUUCAUUUGUAAAUCAUAAGGUGCAGGAACGCAAAGUAAGACAGCUCCGGGGUGAGGAGACGGGCACAGGUCCCGGAACAUGUAUAGAAAACGCGAAGGUUCGAUGUCAGGUGGUCGGAUAAUUCUAAUGGUGAGCAACAGCAGGAUGGAGACGGAUAACUUUCUUAACAGCACUUUUACUGUUCAGCCAUCUUGUCAUGACCACAACAUAACCCCAAAACAUCCUGGAUCACAUGUCACACCACUAAUCAAUCAGAGGCUAGGACCUCAAAGUCAAUGUAACUGAACCUCAGAAACACAUUCUGCAUAAUCUGCUCACCCUCACAAACGAACAGCCGAAGAGAAAAGAAUACCAACUUGUAAAUAUGUAAAUAUGAACCUGUCAGCACUCUGUAAACAGUUUUCUGUAUGAAAUCUAUGAACACCAUUUUUUUAGCUUAACUUAAAGACAGUUAACUGUAAUAGUUAACAGAAAUAUAUGAAUUGACUUCACUGUUACAGCUAACAUAUAGGAAACGUGCUGAAAACGACAUGUAAAUGCCCACUCUCCACGCUGUGGGACUUACAAUCCUUAAUUUUAAAUAAUAUCAAUGAUAUAAAUGUCAUGGUGAUCAUUUACCAUUAUUUUAGUCUAUACUCACAACACAGGCAAAUGCCCACAUUACCACAGGUGGAACUUACAGUUUACAGUCAGCAAUUCAUUUAUCAACAGGUCUAACAUUGAAAAAAUAGAGUUAUUGAUAAAUCACACAAAUCCUCCAUUAUUAUUAUUCAAAGUUUGGCACGGCGGCCUGUUAAUAGACAGUUUACUCACCAUGUUUAGUCCAAAACAUCACGACCAUGUCCGGAUUCUCCUCCUCGUCUUUUUUCGGGUUUUACUCCGUGUGUCUGUGGAAGUUCUGGGUCCUUCGGUCACCUCCCGUCCCUCAGUCCUCCCCUCGGUCCUCUCUCCUCUCCUUCUCGAUGUUUCUGCUGAUGUCGCGGUUCCCGCCUCUUUCUCCGGCUGUUGUACCGAGCUAACUGAUGCCAUGUUACCCGCCUGUCGGUGGUCCUCCUGGCUGACUGUUAGCCCUGUAUCUGGCUCCUGCUCCGGCAGGCGGUGGACCUAACCAGCCUCCUGCCCCGGCUUGGUUAGCAGUCGGUGGACCCGGUUAGCUGUAGCAGCGCGAGCCUCCUGCUGUAGCCGGUUUAAACCGGUAACAUGACCGUUAAAGCUACUGCUCUCGUCGCCGCUUGUGGAGGCUUUUCUGACUCGUUUUUAAGUGUCACACAACUCUUCCCUCUUAUUUUUUUGAAAAAAGACGGUAAGUUUAACUGUCUUUUUUACAUGUUUGCAUUGGAAUUGUGACCGUGUUUUCCUCUCUGUUCGUUCCUCAGAUGUGGGUGUGGCGGAUUUCAAAUGUUUUUUUUUUUUGCGUCAGGGGCGUGGUUCUGUGUCGAGGGCGUGGCUUGUUGGCUUGGCUUUUCAGUGCAUCAACAGUUUUCAGACUCUUGCAAAUGAAGUUAAAUCCUAAUAAACGACAUAAAAUUCUUGUAAUUUGUUCUGUAAAUUUAUAAAUGCAUAAUAUUUUUUUUAUUUUAAACAUUUUUACGUAUGUUUUUUUUUAUGUACCGGAACACAGGGAAGCCAAAAUUAUAAAGUGCAGGAUCUUGUUCCAACAGAAUCCAGCUCAAAUUUACAGUGGCUGAGAACCGACACUUCUGCAAAUAAAAAAAGAUGCAAAAAAAAAAAGUUACAACAGAGGUUACCGAUGAUGAAAAAAAAAGGGACCAAAGCCCGCUGCAAAUAAAAAAAAGAAAGAAAGAAACUGCAGAUUUUUAAAAAAGCCCUAACAGAAGUUAAUGACUCACACAAGAAAAAGUUACUUACUGUGAAAAUAAAAGAAUGCAAAUAAAAAAGGCCACAAUAGAAGUGAGCUGCCAGGGACCAAUAACGAAAAAAAGCAAGGGGUCUGCGUACUUAUUUCUAUAAGUAAAGUAACCGAACUGUAAGCAACUGAACUUGGUUCUCCUCUUGUGGGUUUUCUUUUGGGGCGUAGUGGGUUUCCUGUGUUAACCAAAACUAACUAACUUUUUUUUUUUUUUUUAUUGCAUCGGUAACUUCUGUUGUGGCAUCUUUUUUUUGCAUUCUUUGUUUAUUCGCAGCAGUGGCGGUUUUCGUCCACCGUGCAAAUUAGCCCCUAGUUUUAGGGCUGGUGAUGGCCACCUAAAAGGUCUGAGUCGACUAAAGGCUAAAUAGAUGUCCUUAUAGAAAUCAACGCUGCAACAGAUCAAGAUAAAAUCUUCAGACAAGUUACUCAACAUCAGUUUUAUGAAAAUAGCAACAACCAGAGCCCCUCCAGAUAACCUUACAAGUUAAAUAUAUAACAGUGUACUCUGUUUUCUGCCUUUUGAAUCCUGUGAAAGCUGAAAAAAAAAAAAGCAUUUCUGCUCGCUGAGUAAUUCGCUCAAAUCCAUCUUUGCAAAAUGUGUAAUUAUUUCACAUGCAAGAGUAAUAUGACAGGGUUGGCAUGAGAGAGAGAGAGUCAGAUUGAAUAUGCAGCAGUUAGAAAAAAAAGACACGUGAGUCAUGAAGAGCCUGUGGUCAGCAGAGCCAGAGCACAUCCAGACUAACCCCAUUCAGUCACAUUAUCUUACCGCACCAGCAAAGUUUUACAGUUGUUACGGAGGACGAGAACACCACAUAUCCAAACAAUAAAGAGCAUCAUAACUGCAGACUUAGAGCUUAUUGUCUUUGUUGAUUUAGUGCAUUAUUUAAAAGGAGUCUUAAAAUAGUCGCAGACUCUCUUGACUGAAUGACUGAACUUGAAUUAUGAAGCUUUUAUGUCCCUUACUUUAAAAUAGAAUCAGUCUGGAAGUGCUGCAAAGCUAUGACCCACAAAUGCAUGAUUUUAAUGUCGUCAACUUUUAUUUGAUGUAUGCAAACUCUUAUACCAUGAAUACAAAUCAGGCACAUAGGAUAGUGUUCUCCUAAAUAUCAGAAUCAGCUGUUUUAGCAGGUUUGAAGGCCAACGAGCAUUAAACACUGCUGUUAAAAUAAACUGUUAUAUAAAAGCUUACAAAAGGUACAAGCUAUAAUCCCAAGAAUGAUAGAUGUGUGUUGAAAAAUAAACAUUUAUUCAUAAUAUGUGCGUUCAAACAGUGAUUUUCUGUGCUAAUUAGGAAAAACAGGUUCAUGAAACCACCUAAGACACACACCGUUUCAAGAACAAAUGUUUAAAAACUCUGAAGAGGGUUUUGGUGGAUGAAGCCGUCUGAGAGAUAAACACAGAAGGAAACAAAAACCCCUAUAAGAACUUGUCCUGUUUUAGGUUUUCUCUCAAAAGUAGAGUGCGUUAAAAAUAAAAAUACAUACUGUAUAUAUUUUUAUAGUUAAAGUAGGACAGCACACUCUUUCACCUGAGCUGAACCUGAGUACACUCUGUUCAAAUCCCAGGACUCGUCCAUUGAUGACUUCAGUGAUACAGACAGUGAGAGCAACUUCCCUCUGAUGAUCCCUCAGGACUACCUGGGUCUGGCCUUUUUCUCCAUGCUCUGCUGCUUCUGGCCCCUGGGCAUCGCUGCCUUCUACCUAUCACAGAAGGUACAGGGCGCGCACACACACACACACACACACACACACACACACACACACACACACACACACACACACACACACACACACACACACACACACACACACACAGUCCUGAGCUGACUAAAUACAACCUGGCACUGGAGUUCACAGCCAAGGGUGAUUUGUUAACCUCUGCUCUCUGCAGCGUGUUUAGAUUACCAACAGGUCGAGUGUCUUAGAGUUUAGAGUUUAGUCUGGGAGGGAUUACAACUAGAUUUGCAGGAUUAUGUCACCAGAGCUUUAAAACAACGCAGAGCUCAACAGGAGGAAGUUAUGAAGAAGAACAAGUGCAGGGUGGUUUCAUACUUUUAGAUAUUUUCAGGAUGAGAACUCUCUGUAAUGGUCUCUUUGGGUUUCUGUGCUGAAACGUCACCUCAUUGUCUCUGUUUAGUGUCUCAUGUUUAUUCUCUAAUGGUCCCUAUAAUUAAACCGAUCACACCUGAUUUACCAGAUGUUGCAAACAGCUCCAACUAAGACCUUUCUGGGCUGAUAGGUGAUAACUUUCACCUGUGUUUUAAGAAAACAAACAGAUCACAGAGAAAAAGACACAAACUUGCAGAAUAACUGUGUUUUUGACGCUGAAUUUACCAUUUAAACCCUCUUGUUAAUGGAAAAGGGAGCAGUAGAAGGAUAUUAUCCAUAGAAACCUAUGAUUUUAGUGGCCAACGCUACAACAUUAAAUCUUCAAUUUAUGCUUUUUCUGUCUCCAAAUAUUCAAUUUUAUCUGUUUGUUCAGGAAAAGGUUAAAAGAUCUUGAUCUGCACGAUGCAUCUGCUUCUGAGAGUGUUUUUAGACAUCUACUCUGUGAAUGACUGACAUGAAUCCAGAAUAUCAAGAUGCACAAAAGACAGAGAAUCAGACACUCAGUCCUGCAACAUGAUAUCUGAGUUAGUGUGGACAACACGGAGCGAGUCAAAGUAAACUGCAGAAAGUAUCUGAUCAUUCAGUGUUACCUCUGGCAGCGUGGUAAGUCCCCUCACAUCUCCCCCAGCGUUUGCAGGCACCCUUCCAGCGGUGCAGGAAGAAGAAUCCUAUUAAUGCUUUUGCAGAGCGAACGGGCCGCCAGCUGCAGAGGCCUUUUGUUCAGAUCAAUGGCCUUCAUUACGGUUUAAUUAGAGUCAUAACAAGAAGCCCCAAGGUGAUAGAUUUCCUAUAUUGUUGAGUGCUACCUAAAACAGGGGUCAGAGUCAAAGACAAGGACUAGACGGAGAAAGUGAUGAAUGAGACUCGAGUGCUGGGUGUGAUUCUCAGAUGGAACAUAAUACAGGAGGCUUGGAGUGUGAUUGGAAUGAGUGGAAGAGGGACGAGGAGGCCACGCAGGACGUUGACAAAUGAUGAUGAAUGUCCUUCUCCUCCAAUCCUUAUCUCACUGUCCUCUCUCCUCCCAUUCUCAGACCAACAAGGCGUCGGCUCAGGGGGAUUUUCAGGGGGCCAACGCCGCGUCUCGCCAGGCUCUGUGGCUCUCGGUGCUCUCCAUCGUGUUCGGGAUCAUAACGUACAUCUGUGCCAUCGCUGCGUUGAUUUCCUACCUGUCUGGGAAACCGCCAUAA